CUCCCCACCGCCCGCGACCGUCUCGGCUCCGCCAUGCGUCCCGGGGCGCCGGGGCCACUGUGGCCGCUGUCCUGGGGUGCCCUGGCCUGGGCUGCGGGCUUCGUGGGCUCGGGGGACCCCGCGCCCGCCACGGCCGACCCGCCUGCAGGAGGUGUGUGCUGGCUCCAGCAGGGUGGGGAGGACACGUGCAGCCUGGUGCUGAGGACCGACGUGAGCCAGGCGGACUGCUGUGCCUCGGGCAGCAUCGACACCGCCUGGUCCAACCUCACCCACCCCGGGAACAAGAUCAGCCUCCUGGGCUUCCUGGGGCUGGUCCACUGCCUCCCCUGCAAAGACUCGUGCGACGGCGUGGAAUGCGGCCCGGGCAAGGCGUGCCGCAUGCUGGGGGGCCGCCCGCGCUGCGAGUGCGCGCCCGACUGCGCGGGGCUCCCGGCACGCCUGCAGGUCUGCGGCUCGGACGGCGCCACCUACCGCGACGAGUGCGAGCUGCGCGCCGCGCGCUGCCGCGGCCACCCGGACCUGCGCGUCAUGUACCGGGGCCGCUGCCGCAAGUCCUGCGCGCACGUGGUGUGCCCGCGGCCGCAGUCCUGCGUGGUGGACCAGACGGGCAGCGCGCACUGCGUGGUUUGCCGGGCGGCGCCCUGCCCCGCGCCCUCCAGCCCCGGCCAGGAGCUGUGUGGCAACGACAACGUCACCUACGUGUCCUCGUGCCACCUGCGCCAGGCCACCUGCUUUCUGGGCCGCUCCAUCGGCGUGCGCCACCCGGGCAGCUGCACAGGACCCGUAGGACCCGCAGGACCCGUAGGACCCCCAGGACCCGCACGCGAGCCUCCGGGCACCGAGUCCGAGGAGGAGCGGGAGCCGGAGCCGGAGCCAGAGCCAGAGCCGGAGGAGAACGCGGUGUGAGCCCGACUCGCUGCCUCGCGGAGUCUGUGUUCCGGGCAUGGGGACCCUGGAGGUCCCGCCGUCGCGGAAGGAUGGCGGGGACGAGGCCUGGCGCGCGGAGCACGGGCCCGGGAGACGCCGGUCCCGCCCCUCUGGGGAUGAAUCUCUUCGUGGUCGCCGCCCCGCCCGCCCGCACGGGCACCCGCGGGGACCUGGGGUCCGGAACACGAGGCGAGGAGGGGUCUAACCCAGGACGUGGGGACGAGAACAGGACGGGAUGGAGGCUCUGGCGGCCUCCCCUUUCCUCUGGACCGCCUGGGGGCGGGCGCGGGCGGCCUGGACCGGGCCACACAGCCGCCCCGCGCAGCCUCGGACUCAGCGCGGGUGUGCAGCGGGCGGGGCCAGGGCGCGGGUGCGGACAGCAGGACGUGGCGGACGUGCGUGGUCCCCGGGCUUGCUGCACAGCGCACAGGGCCCCGCGCCCCCCGCCGCUGCUCCCAGCCCCUGGGUCGCGCCCAGGCGCCGCUCAGCAUCCGCAGCCUGCGUGGGGGGCCACAGGCUCAGGCCCGAUGGAGGGGGCGGGGAACCCCGCGGGGAAGGGACCCGGUGCCCCGAGUCUGGGGCGCGGGAAGGCUGCGUCACCCUCCGCACCCCAGAAAUGCUUACCCUGGAGCGCCCGCGCCCCCCCGCAGCCGCCCCCGACCCUCGGAGCCCUGCCCUGCCGAGGCAAUAAAGACCAGAAAACCACGGCGGGGGCUCCCGGAGCGCC